CAAAAAGGCCAAGGUCAAAAGAAAUGGCUACAGGUGCGGACCAGGUGGUUGGUGUGGGCAUUGUUGGUUUGUCAGGAAUAAUAUUUACCUACUAUACGUUGUGGUUGGUGAUACUGCCAUUUGUUGACUCGGACCAUGUGGUGCAGAAUUUUUUCCCAGACAGAAUUUAUGCAGUCACUAUACCAGUGGCUGCAGGGGUGCUUCUUUUAGUUGUUCUAUGUGCAUUCAUAGCAGUUGCCAAGUUAAAAAGCAAGUCCAAAGAAAAGACAAACUGAAAUGAAGCCAGUAGAAAGUAAAAAUGCAAAAAUUGUAACAGUGAAAAACAUUAUAAAUGUAUUACCUUCUAAAAGGUAAUUUCACCAUGGGGAUAUCAUAAACCAUUAAGAAAAUGGAGAAAUGAAGAGUAGUAUGUUCAAUACUCUAUUCCAUAUCCAUAAACAGAAAAAGAAUUUGUUUGUGAUACAUUGACAUGACUAAAGUCCUCUGUUUGACAUAUACUGUACACUAUUUCUGCAUUGUAUAUACUUUUUUUUUAUUUUUACUCUCCUGUAAAUAAAUAAAGUUGUGCAUACA